CACCGGAAGCCACGACAAAACAAUAAUCACGACAGUGUCCCCUCCACACAAUGAAAAGCCCUGACUACCACAAACACCCGGGGAGUGUGUACGUCGAUUAGAAUUGUACCAAACACGAGGGAGUGAGUACAUUCGAAAAUUUUCGUGCUCCCGUGUAAGUGACGUCAUUCUAAUCUCGUCCCUGAGAGAUUGUCGGCGAAAAAGCGUCUUCCGUGUUCCUGAUCCUGAAACAAAAAAAAAAUUACGGGAAUGAAUCGGCGACAGGAGGAUAAAGUCACACAACAAUCGGCACUUGGUGCACCGGGACAACAAAAAAUCGACAAAUAAACACUCGCCAUCUAGAGAGAGAGAUAAAAAGAGAGAGAGAAAAAACGUUGAAGAAAACGCUUGCGUCUCCGGUCACUCGAUUCCCCUCUCUAUUUCGUAUCGUCGACUACACAAAUAUCUCUGUCUCCCUCUGUUCUCAGGUGACAACAACAACACUAGUGGAGGAAAAAAAUGGACGCCCUGCGAGAGCAGGUGAUGAUCAAUCAAUUCGUGCUGGCCGCGGGUUGUGCUAGGGAACAGGCAAAACAAUUGUUGCAAGCUGCACAUUGGCAAUUUGAGACUGCCUUGAGUAUAUUUUUUCAAGAAGCAGCCAUACCAUCAUGUCCGCAAGGCACACACUUUGGUCAGAUAACACCUUGCAACACACCAGCAACACCUCCAAAUUUUCCGGAUGCUUUGCUGGCGUUUUCGAAGAUGUCUGCCGGUGAAAAAACUCCAUCAGGCAUGUCACCCAGUCAAAAUGGCCAGCAGACCACCCCAACGAGUAUUCAACAUCACGGUGUGAGAUGUAGUGUCUCGGGUGGCACCCAGCAACAGACACAGAGUCAACAGCAAUUUGGAUUGGGCGAGCCACAGAGAUAAAACGGACUCAGUCGUAUUGAGUGUUUUUAGCAUGGUCAUAGGUUUCUCUGAUGAAACUGUGACACCUGUUGUGUCAACAAAACAAAUCAUCAAGAUAAUAGCUAAUGGAAUGAAUGAGCCACCGAGUUUAUCUCUUCUCCGAGUGAUAACACUCCGAACUUUCAAGGGAUUUAAUCCCUGGGGAGAUGUGGAUUGCGAUAUAUUCAGUUUCAGUUCAAUGUCGUUUGAUUUUUUUUUUCUUGCAGACACUUGUCAAUGGUGGAGACAUGGUGAUGAUCGACUUUUCAAAGGGUUUUUUCGUACUCUAGGUGAGAGGGAACUAAAGUAAUCGGAGAGUCUGGGAUGGGGAAAGGGUGUUGCAUGGAUUUUUGACGAAUUCAGACAAUAGACACAUUCGAAUAAUUGUGGACACGGGGAGAGUCUAUCUGAAGUUAACGAGAUUGUGACUGACGAUGGAAAUUAUUCCUGUGGAAAUAAAUAUGUGGAUUAAGAGAAAUUGCAGGAGAAAUUUAUGGUUUACGUAAGACAUGUAGGAUCAUGGAUGAAAAAAUAUUAUAGAAAACAUUGCAGAUUAUGUUGCAAUAAAUAUUUUAUAGUAGAGAAUAAUUCAGACAAAAUUUCCCUGAUAAAAACGAUUUCCAUGAAUAUUUUUGACACGUGACAAGAGAGACUUUCCGAAUUCUAAUUUGAAAAAUUUAUGGGGCAAUAUAUAUUGUAUAUGCGGCGUAUAUAAAGAAUAUUAGACCCAUAAUACUAUACAUAAUUAAUGUAUUAAUAUUAAUAAUUAAUAUUUUCAUGAAUAUUUCCACGGGAAUAAAUAAUUUCUUCAUCCUUUCGUCAGUCAAAUGUAUCACUUGGUAUUUUCUCUGCGUUCUGCACUGAUUACCCAAUAUUUUGAAUAAUGUCAAUAGCCCCAGAGAAUCGAUAUUUAUUGAUAGUGGACCGCUUCCACUAGGGUACAUCCCAAUAUCAAGAUGAUUAAAAAUAAAAUUUGUUGUCAUUGCAACGAAGUGGGGAAAUGAGGGAAAUUAUUGAACUAUUGUGCACUUAUAUUCGAGAAAAUCAUUCGUUCUCGGCGAGUUGUCAGGUAAUCAGUUGAAUUAUGAGUGGAGUCGAGUAUAAAGGGAUGAAAUAAUAUUCCUAGUGAGACAGUGUACAAAUAAUGUAUCUGAUCCAUCUGUUCUUCUCGUAUCGAUCUAAUAUCAUUAGUAUUUUUGCCACGUACUGUCCAGUGUAAAUACAAUAAUCGUGUUAUAUGAUACGUGUAUGCAUCAUCAUAAUUAUGAUUUUUUAUGAUUAUUGAUUUAAUGAAUUUGGAAGGUACUCUGGGAAUAGCCAAUAGCCAAUUGAUAAAUGCUCUCGGGUGGUCCCUUGGUUUAUUGAUUGAAGUGAAGAAUUGAAGCAAAUCGUUAGACUACUUGUACGACUAUAAUUAUGUUUACAAUUAUUAUUGUUUAUUUUACUAUUGAAAGAUAAUAUUCAUGUACAUAAUUAUAAGACAAAAGAUAAAAAUGUUGUCUAAAAUAAAUAAUUAAUAAUGGUGCUUUCA